CGUCCCCGCAGCCUGCCUGCGUGCGAAUGCGAACGAGCCAAACAUUGCAUGACUGUGAUGGACCGGAGCUUCAGGGACGAUUCUGAUGGAAAUUCGUCUUCGGACGGUUCGGACAAAGCAGCACCCAAGGACUUCAUGCGCUCUUUGCCAGGCACCGCUGGCAAGCGGACCAGGAAAGCCCGCCGAGUGUUCGACCCGUCGGACAACAACAUGCCCAAAUCAAAGCUCGGCAAGCGCCAAGCCAUGCUGCUCCCAAUGCCCCAAGUGACAGUGGCGCUCGGCAGACCACCGAAAAUUCCCAGACAAGAUCCGCCGAGUUCUCCAAGCGCCUCCAACAAGUCAAGUCCGGAAAAGACUCCCCAGAAGGACUACAUUCCAGUGAGUCCUCCAAACUCAACUCCUUCGACAACUCCAACCAAGCAGGUCGGAGGAUGUGUCAUUUGCCUUAAAGACACGUCCAGCAAAACCCUUCGAUUGAUUAAUUGCAAGAUGAAGAACUGCACCAACCAGGUUCAUCCUCUUUGCCUGAGAACCAUGCCCGACAUAACGGCAGAGGCGCCCAUGAAACAUGCCCUGAAGUGGCGUUGUUUGCAGUGCCGAAAGUGCACCAUCUGCACCAAAAAGAGAGAUCUGAAAAUGUACCCAAAUGAGUGGAUGGUGGUGUGCAGUGCAUGCGACGAAACCUUCCAUGCUACAUGCCAUUCACCAGCUUUACUUCGGAAACCCACCAGCAAGUGGAACUGCUACAGAUGCACCGUGGACAGGGCUGUUGCUGCUGGUUGUAAAACUGUUGUCUAUGCAGACGCUCCUCCUCUCAUCAUUGACAUGCCUAAAGAACCUGAACCUGUGGUUGUUGACGAAGAGAACAAAGCAAUUCCUGACGAGAUUGGCGAUGUGGUGGAGUGGACUGCCUCGGAUCUUGCCACAUACUUCAAAGACAAGGGUUUCCACGACGAAGCCAAAAUCAUGGAGGAGCAAGAAGUAGAUGGAAAGAGUCUCCUCCUCAUGUCUCGAUUGGACGUCUUACGAGGACUCAAGCUCAAACUUGGACCUGCUCUCCGCAUGUACACAAACCACGUCCAGCCAAUGAAAGAGAUUUUCUUUAAAGUGUGACCAUUUUAAAGCAAUGAUUUUCAAACGAAUAAAGUUACACGCAUGUUUUCUCC